AGCAAUAUUGGACCAACAUAUGAUUCCUUUUCUUUAUACUCUAGGCUGGCUAUUUCAUAAACUGAGAGUUGGAUAAAUAUUAGCCAAUUGCGAGGGAGAAAAAGAGAUCUAUUGCAGCUAUGUUGUGAGGGGAGAGAUAGAUAAAUAGAUCAAUUGCAGUGGCUUCGCUUUGUUUUUCUCUCAAUUUCUCGGCCAAAUAAGCCAGUCAGUACUACGCUGUGACUGCUGGAGCUGUUUGGACCAACUCUACAACCUUGAACUCCGUCACUGCAAGAAGUCGAGCCAGUAGUAAUCACCGUUCAAUUGGAUAUUGGGCGAACAGUGUUGACAAAACUAUGGCCGUGGUGUCUGUCACACCUUCAAUUGAUCUCCCAAUUUGCACUUACUCUACACCCUCGUUUUCACCCGACUCGACCGGGUCGAAUAUGACAACCUUCACCUCCCCUUCUUCUUCAGUCGGGUCAAAUUUGAAUUGUUCAUCUACUAAACCAGAAAGACCCAAACAAGACUCCCUGGCGCUCAGAUCAUCAGAGUCUGCUAACAGUAACAUCGGCGAAGUGAGCAACAAAAUUGGCAAUCAUAUUUCCGGAGCAGAUCUGACGAGUCCAGACUCAGAUCAAGGAAGCGGAUUUCCGAAUUCACCGGAAAGUGAAAACUUGCAUCAAAAUUUGCCAGCACACGAUGACGAAAAAAUCCAAAACGCGUUCUCUCUGCUCCAGAAAACACUUGACUUCCUUUCAAAUGAGUACGGAGUUCACUACGCGCUGCUAUCUUGCUACAGACGAAGACGACAAAUAAUUCACUCGAUCGAAGACUCCGAACCAGAAGAGCUCGAAUCCGAGGCCUCCGGUGGACCCCUAUCAUACACGGUCGUGGCGUCUGGAUCCGCAGGAUUGGCUAGUGGGUUCUUUCUGGAUCCUCAAGGACCUGGUCAAAAGUGUCUCGCAUCUUGGACUGAGUUCUGCACAGAUUUCUCGAAAGAGGAAGAAAUGUUAAACUGCGAACCCUUUGCAUUCACCAAACACAUAGAAGCAACAUCCCCUUUGAUGACCAUGGAUUCCUUGACAUCAAAUUCUGUUUCAAAAGAAAUCUUUGAAACUGACAACUCUGCGUCAAAAAGGUUGCUUAUUGACAUUUCGGACCACGGAGUUGGACAGUCACAUCCAAAGAAAGCGCGUGAGGAACUACUAACACAUCCAUCAGAAAUCGAAAAAAAUCAUCAGGUUCAAACUUCGGUAUCAAAUAGUCAAACAAGUCCAUCAGCCGCAGGGCUUUUCUCGGUAGCCGAAAGGGAAAGUGUCUUGGCUCCAUUUUUGCCCAGUAAAGAUUACUUGUCAAACGGGGUUCUAGAUUUCUCUAGUGGCAAAGAUGAGCCGGAAACAACCACAGCUAUCCCAGAAUCAAAUGCUACUCGCCGUAACAAUACUUUGAUUCAUUCAGCUGACAAUCAACUUAAUCUGGGUGCACCAACAACUGGAGAACUAAAUCAAAACGUGAACAAAUUUUUCGGAACCCUGAACCACAGAUCAUAUCUGGGAAAUGGGCAGAGUUUUGGCGCUGAUGAAAGCAACCGGGAGCGAGAGAAAUCAGCACGACCAGUGAGGCGGUGUGGGAGUGAGUUUGCACAGGGUGUGGAAAGAAUGGAUCAAUUGCAAAUGAGCAAAAGCAGUCCAAACUCAGUCGGAAAGCAACAUGGAAUCCCGUCACAAGAGCAAAUCGUUGCCAAGGGAUCAUGGAUGUGUCCUCAAUGCAUGAAAGUCAUCAAGUACAAACGCAACGCCAGAGCUCAUCUGAUGUCCCAUGCAGCUGUGCGACCUUGUUUUUCUUGCUCCUACUGCGACCAAUCCUUCACCACCAAAUGGAAUUUAAAGAAACAUCUGAAACUGAAUCAUGGAAUAGACAUGGAAAUAAAUGACCCCCUUGUCAAUCACAAUAAUGCUUCUCAGCUUCCCUUAGUGAACAACAACGAAUCACAGCAGCAGAGGAAUCAGUUGAACCCUCCAACAUCACAGGGUAUCCAAGGAACACCAAAACAGACUCCGACGACCUUGAGUUCCGCAAACUCCGCUCAAAGAAUCGCAGAUGCCAUUGACAGUAAACUAGAUGUGAACAGUUUUUUGGGAAACCAUUUUUUUCCAAACUUGCCCAACAUGCCUCCUUUAAGCAAUUUGGGGCCCUUGGCAGCAGCAAGUGGGUUUUAUAACCCGCCUGGAACUUUGCCUGACUUGGGGUCCAAAGGAAUGCCCCCGGGCAUGGAUCUAAAAUCAUUGCAACAGCUCUAUCAAAACCUGGCCAGCAAAGAUUUGCUGGGUACUAACUUAAACGGCCUUAACAUUAAUAACCUAUCAGGAGCGGACGCAAGUAAAGCGUUGCAAGCUCUGACAUCAGUCAACAUGUUGCUUCAAUCAAGCUUUUUCGCAGAACAAAUGAUGAACGUAGGUUCGAACCCCGCUCUCAACCCCGGAUCUUUGCCGAUGAAUCUGCCAAUGAAUCCAAUGGGUUUGGGCGCACCUCUUGAUUUGAAUACGUUUGCGGCACAGUUGGCUGGUCAGAUGAAAACAAGUGGAGUUGAUUUGAGCAAGACGAAAUUGAGCAAAGACAUGAAACGAGACUGGACGGUAGCAGGUGAUUUCAAUUGCAACAGUUUAAAAACAGACAAUCGACAUAAUCAAGAUGAUAAAUUAGCACAUGAUGAAGAUGAACAAAAACCUUUAAACUUCACUACAAAGUAAACCUAUUGUUCCAGACAAAAACUUAAUCAAUAUAAUGAAGUUCUAUCAAUUUUCUUUUUUCAUUUCAUUGAUGAUAAUAUGUUGAAGUUACGUUUAUGUUUAGUUUGGCUGGCCUAAAGUUACUAGGAAAAAUUAGAUGAAUUUAACAGCUUUCUGUUAAUGCCCUAAUUUUGGAUUGCAGUAGAUUUAAAAUAUAUAUUCGGUGCAGUUUUUCUCUUUCUUCUGUUUAGCUAUCCGUUCGAGUCAAUCAGCUCGAGUCAAUCGAACUUUCGAUCACCUCAAUCUAUUUCAAAAGUGUACUUAAUUUUGUCAUUUUCUUCCGCUAUAGUAAUUCAUCACUCAU